GAAGGGGCUGGGAUUUCAACGUCCGGAGUCUGCUGCCAGUUUGUCCAACUUUCAUUGUUACAGACAUUAUAUACCACAGUUUAACAAAAAGUAGCUGAUGCUAUAUAGGCGUACACCUAUCGCCAACCAAAUGCUCUUGAUCAGACAAAUGACAGCCAAGCACGCAACAGUCACCCCAGGAUGAGCAGGAGAAGCUCCUUGAUGAGGCUGUCCAGGGUGUUAAGGUUCAGUCUUUUCAGAUGAAGCGCUGCCUGGACCAGAGCCAGCUGAUGGAUGCAUUAAAGCAUGCGUCGAACAUGCUGGGGGAGCUGCGGACCUCCAUGCUGUCUCCGAAGAGUUACUACCAGCUCUACAUGGCCAUCUCGGACGAGCUGCACUACCUUGAGAUCUUCCUGACAGAUGAAUUUGCGAAGGGGAGGAAAGUGGCUGAUCUGUACGAGCUGGUCCAGUAUGCUGGGAACAUCAUCCCCAGACUCUACCUGCUGAUCACGGUGGGCGUGGUGUACGUGCGGUCAUUCCCCCAGUCCAGGAAGGACAUCCUGAAGGACUUGGUGGAGAUGUGUCGUGGGGUCCAGCAUCCGCUGAGGGGUCUGUUUCUCCGGAACUACCUGCUGCAGUGCACCCGGAACAUUCUUCCCGACGACGGCGAGCAGCUCAAAGAGGAGAUGACGGGGGACAUCAGUGACUCAGUGGACUUUGUGCUGCUGAACUUCACGGAGAUGAACAAGCUGUGGGUUCGCAUGCAGCACCAGGGCCACAGCCGAGACCGGGAGAAGAGGGAGCGUGAGAGGCAGGAGCUCCGCAUCCUUGUGGGAACGAACCUGGUGCGGCUCAGCCAGCUGGAUGGAGUCGACAUGGACAAGUACAAACAGGUGGUGCUGUCGGGAAUCCUAGAACAAGUGGUCAACUGCGGGGAUUCCCUGGCCCAGGAGUACCUUAUGGAAUGCAUAAUACAGGUGUUCCCAGAUGAGUUCCACCUCCAGACCCUCAAUCUGUUCCUGCGUUCCUGUGCAGAUCUACACCAGAAUGUCAACGUGAAAAACAUCAUCAUCGCUCUCAUUGAUAGACUGGCGUUGUUUGCUCACAGAGAAGAUGGCCCAGGCAUCCCUUCAGAUAUCAAAUUGUUUGACAUUUUCUCACAGCAAGUAGCUACAGUCUUACAGUCUCGACAGGACAUGCCGGCAGAGGAUGUGGUGUCUCUGCAUGUUUCCCUCAUUAACUUGUCCAUGAAGUGUUACCCGGACCGCGUGGACUACGUUGACAAGGUCCUGGAGAGCACUGUGGAGAUUUUCAACAAGCUCAACCUUGAACAUGUCGCGACCAGCAGUGCCGUAUCCAAAGAGCUGAUGCGUCUGCUGAAGAUCCCGGUGGACACCUACAACAACGUCCUCGCCAUUCUGCAGCUCAGGCACUUCCACACGCUCUUCCAGUGCUUCGACUACGAGUCCCGCAAGAGUAUGAGCUGCUACAUGCUGAGCAACAUCCUGGACUGCAGCACGGAGAUUGUGGGCCAGGAUCAGGUUGAGACCAUCUUGAGCCUGGUAUCAACACUGAUCCAGGAUCAGCCAGACCAGCCAGCAGAGGACCCAGACCCAGAAGAUUUUGCUGAAGAGCAGAGCCUGGUUGGCCGCUUCAUUCACCUCUUGCGCUCUGAUGACCUGGACGAGCAGUAUCUGAUUUUGAAUACGGCCAGAAAGCACUUUGGUGCCGGCGGGAACCAGAGAAUUCGGCACACGCUUCCGCCGCUGGUGUUUGCAGCGUACCAGCUGGCCUUCCGCUACAAGGAGAGCUCCGAAACGGAUGACAAGUGGGAGAAGAAAUGCCAGAAGCUUUUCUCCUUCGCCCACCAUACCAUCGGCGCGUUGAUCAAAGCUGAGCUGGCCGAGCUGCCCCUGCGGCUCUAUCUCCAGGGUGCGCUGGCGGCUGGCGCCGUCGGCUUCGAGAACCACGAAGUGGUGGCCUACGAGUUCAUGUCACAGGCCUUCUCCCUGUACGAGGAUGAGAUCAGCGACUCCAAGGCCCAGCUGGCGGCCAUCACGCUGAUCAUCGGUACCUUUGAGAGGACCCGCUGCUUCAGCGAGGAGAACCACGAGCCGCUGCGGACCCAGUGCGCGCUGGCUGCCUCAAAGCUGCUGAAGAAACCUGAUCAGUGCCGGGCCGUCAGCACCUGUGCGCAUCUCUUCUGGUCCGGGUGCAACACUGACAACAACGGAGAGGAAAUCCGCGAUGGGAAGCGUGUCACGGAGUGUCUGAAGAAAGCUCUGAAAAUCGCUAACCAGUGCAUGGACCCCUUGUUACAGGCCCAGCUCUUUACUGAGGUCCUGAACAGAUAUGUUUACUUCUACCAGAAAGGGAACGAAGUGGUGACAGUCCAGGUGCUUAACCAGCUCAUUCAGAAGAUUCGGGAGGUCCUCCCGAAUCUGGAGGCCAGUGAGGAGAUGGAGCAGAUUAACUGGCACUUCCGCAACACGCUGGAACACCUGCGGCUGCAGCAGGAGACGGCCGUGGCCGAUGGCCCGGUGUAUGAGGGCCUGGCCCUCUAGAAAUUGCCAAUUAUGGCAGAAUAUCCUGUCCAGUGCAAAAAAUACUUUUUUUUUCUUCUGAUAUUUCUCCUUUUUCUGUGUGACAAAAAAAAUGCCUUGCCACCCCAGGGUAGUGAUUUCUGUUUAAGAACAGAAGGUUCACCAGAUUUUUAAAAAAUCCAGCUUUACCUUGGAAAAUAUGGCAGAUGUUGCCAUAGAAAUACAAGCACUCGCACCCCCUUCCUUGCUUUCCAAGCCUGCCCUGUUAUUAUUGCCAAAAGAACUUUGCACUCCUGCGGUCAAAUUGGAUGUCGCUGGACGGCUGUGUUGGCGGCCCCCAUUUUCUGCUCCAGAGUCUGCACUUUCUGUGCACGGUCGCUGUGUUGUGUGGUGAGUGGGCAAGGUGAAACGCACUCUUCAGAAAGGAACAUUCGCUUGCGUUUCUGGGACAGCAGGAACAUUACCCAUCUAGCACAUCCAGUGUUUGCCGUUAAUAUUGUGUGGCAGAGGCCAUUUGCUGCACACCAAGGCUGCAUUGAGAAACGGCUGGGCGGAAGAAUGAAUGAGGUACACUGUGAAUGAGCAGUGUACUUCUGGGGUUGCGAGUGUUCUCACCACCAUGAAUGGUGGAAUACAGACGGCCUGGGAAGGCCUUUUAUUUCUGAAUAUAUUUAGCCUAAAAAAAGAUUAUUCCCCCACUUAAAAAAAAAAAAAUUUCUUUUUGUAUUAUUGUAAAUUGAAAAAUCAAAAAAAUGAAUAAAAUAAUCAUAAUAAUUUCACAAAUCA